UUAAGAAUAUAACGAAGUUUUUUUUUACUCUCUCUCGCAAUUCAAAUUUCAAAUCUCAUUGAUCUCUCGUUAAGCUUCACGCCCAUGGCGAAGAAGUCGGUUUCCAAUCCAGGAGCCUUGGGCUCCAUGGACGAGGUCAUGAAGAUCUUCAAGAAGUUCGACAAGAACGGCGACGGCAAGAUUUCUGUUAGCGAGCUUGGCGCCGCCCUCGGUGAACUCGGCGGCAAAAUCUCCUCGGACGAGACUCGCCGCAUUAUGUUAGAGAUCGAUACGGAUGGCGACGGAUUCAUCGACCUUGACGAGUUUGCCGCGUUUCAUCGGGAAGCCUAUCCAGACGGCGGAGGUAACAAAGAUCUACAGGAUGCUUUCGAUCUGUACGAUAUGGACAAGAACGGCCUAAUCUCGGCCAAGGAGUUGCACUUUGUUCUCAAGCGCCUCGGUGAAAAAUGUAGCCUCAAAGAUUGUUGCCGGAUGAUCAGUUCCGUCGAUGUCGACGGCGAUGGCCAUGUAAAUUUCGAGGAGUUCAAGAAGAUGAUGUCGCGCUCUUAGUUUUCUCCGUCGCUAGAAAGGUAGUUUCAGAAUUGAAUCAAAUUAGGCGUAGAGUUCUUCAACAAAAUCAGGUACUAUCAGUCUAUUUGUUAGUGUACAGUUUGCGAUUCUGUUUCUCUGAGGAUUAACUAUCCAUCCUUUUGUCGUUUGUAACCGAUUAGGUAUCAAAACAUCUCUAGAAUGAAUUUCUCCUCUCUGAUUUUAGAUCUUAACCGGUAAUCCUCUUGUUCUAUAAGAAAACAAACAAAUUAUCAGUUCAUAUCUCUCACUAAUUGAUUGUUCUGUUCUCUUCCUGAUACGGAUGAAUUCGAAAUUCAUACAGUUAAUUUUGUGCCCUGAA